AUGGUACGAGUUCCGAUCAACGACUUGCCCGCAAACGCUUACUUCUUGCCUCACCAUGGGGUAUUGAAGCUUGAUAGUACCACUACGAAGCUCCGCAAAGUGUUCAACGGUUCCUGUGCAACAUCUACAGGAAUUUCAUUGAACGACAUUCUACACGCAGGACCCAAAACGCAAAUUGACAUCUUCGACGUGAUGUUGAGAAUCCGAUGCAACAGGAUUCUAUUCGCUACUGACAUCACCAAGAUGUUCAGACAGAUUAAGGUUGAUUCGCUUAAUUCGCUUGAUUGGCCGCUUCAGUGCAUUCUCUGGAAAGAUGAGAAUGACCUAGUAGACGCUUACUUUCUCAAGACAGUCAACUACGGGACCGCUAAUGACAUCUACGGUGGAGCAGAUAACGAACAAGACGCUAUAAAGGUUGCAGUGCAAACAAAAGCACUGUGCGCCGCAGGCUGCUUCCCGCUUACCAAAUGGGCUAGCAAUAGUCCAAGACUACUCGCUGAAGUCACUCCAGAAAAGCAGCUAGAAACACCGUUUAAAGAAAUCGGUGAUGCACCAAUAAAGUUCCUGGGCAUGUACUGGAAUUCACACACUGACGCUCUCCAGUUCAAGAAUACGCUACCGCCAGAGACACCUAAGACAAAAAGAGCUAUUUUGUCUGAAAUCGCUAAGCUGUAUGACCCGCUAGGAUUUCUCGCACCAAUUGUCGUCAAAGCCAAGAUCUAUAUGCAAGAUCUGUGGCUAGAUAGAGUGUCAUGGGACGAACAAUUGUCACAAUCACUCAUUCACAAAUGA